AUGUAUGAAAACAAACUUUGGAAAACCAAGUACUUUUUUUAUGGUGCUUGGGACUGCCAAGAAGCAUUCAGAAUAGCCAUUUUAGAGCCAUUUUCUUUAAAGAAAGAUGAUGAUUCAAAGCUCAAGUCAUUUAAAGAUUCAGUUCCUUACAUCGAAGAAGCCUUGAAAGUUUAUUUUACAGAAGUGGACAAACAGUGGAAGUUAUUUGACACUGAGAAGGCGUGGGAGCCUAUUAACUUGGAUGAGACUCAGCUUCCUAAGGAAUCUUACCAGUCUAAGUUUACUUGGGUUCUCAAGAGGUUUUUCAGUCAUCUAUUUUUACCAUUAAUCCUUCAAUGUUUGUACACUAUCUUCAUUACACGGCAUUCCUGCCUUCUGAUUCGCAUCUCGCACCUUGGAUUCGUUUUACUCAUGUAUAUAUAUUUUUUCCAAAAUAUCCGAGGUGCAUCGAUGAAAAUGGAACAUAAAAUGCAAUACUUAUCAACUAUCACAAAUGAGCAAGAAACUGGUGCUGAUGGGUGGAAUCAGGUCGCAAGGAGAAUGAAUAUGUAUCUGUUUAGGCAGAAGGUUUGGAAGAAUGAAGAGUUUUUCUUUGAUGGAAUUGAUUGCCAACGGUUUUUCGAGCGCAACUUCGUCGGUCUUCUAUCUUCAAAGAGGGUCACGUAUUCUGGGGUCACUAUCUGUUGA